AUGUUACAGGAAGUGCUCAAGAGGGAACGUGCCUCCCUCAAGAAUGCCAAGCUGCCUCCUGGUCAUCCAACACGACUGCAAAACCGGAGGCAGAACUAUGAGUAUCUGCGGCUGCAGAAUACCAUCAAACAUCACUUUCGGCAUUUCCACAUCGAGCUCUUGAGGGAGCAGAAGCUGCGGGAAGCUGCUGGUAAGAAACACACGCACAAACAAACUCCUGCAGCUAAAGAAAAGGAGUAUGGAGCCACUGCAGCAGCAGAAGAGGGAGCCCUUGCCUCACAGGGGAAAGAAGAAGGAGCAAAAGAAAAAGAAGAGGAGGAAGAAGCAGCUCCCGGAAAAGAACAGCAAGAGGAGCAACAGGAGAAGAUGGAGGAGCAAUCUCCUGCAGUGGAAGAACAGGCAGGAAUGAAGAGGAAAAGAAAUGAAGAGGAAGAUCCAGCAGCGGAGAAUAAAGAAGAGCGAGUAGAUGGAGAAGAAGCUCCUCCGGAGGUAGAAAGGCUGACCCUCCGAAAACGGCCAAGGAAGGACUACAGAGGAUUUAGCAUUCCACCAGAAGACUCUUCAGACAGUUCUGCUGCCACCAACGCAACCCUGCUCCUUGCAUGCCUUCUGUGGCUGUUUGUACAUAUUUGUGUGUUUGUGUGUGUCUAUGUGUGUCUGUGAGUGUUUGUCUAUGUUUGUGUGUGUCUGUGUCUAGCCAUGAUCCAGGGUAUAAACCGACUGCCGUUUGAAGGAGUCAGGAAGGAAUUUUUACCCUCAGUUCAAAUUGGCCAAGUGCUGGGGUUUUUUGCCUUCCUCUGGAUCAUCAGCUGUUGAUUAUUGUUGAUGCCCAACAAUAAUUGGAUAUUUAAAUCAAUAAAUCUCCUGUUCCCACCAACAGGUUUCCCAUAAA